ACACACACUAACGCAAUCUCCACCCAGAUUUAAUAAAUUAGUUUAAACGAAUUUAAACAGUCACAAAACCAAUAGAACAACGAAGUCAGCAUUCAUGUUUCUUUAUGACAUGUACAUCAUCAACAAUCUUUCAUUGAGUAGCGAGGCUCACCAGGAAAUGUCAGCAUCUAAAGAAAAUGUUCAUGCUGUGAGUUUCGACUCAUCGGCUGAGCCUCGUGCUUGGGUUUGGUCAUAAUCCAUCUUCUCGGGACCGCUCAAGAAGUUGUUCUCACGGUGCAACGCAGUUGUCUUGUCUUUGGUGCUAAUGACGGAUCCCUGACAGACCACCACCACAUAUAUACGAGCAGCUGCACCAAGCUAACCCUACCGCGUCCAUACAAACCUGGCAAUACAUUCCCCUUCAGCAAGGAGAGUGCAAAAAGUUCAUCAGUAAUACUGAGAUUGAGACAGAGGUCUGCCAAACACCUACCUGCUCCCCUCACCCAGCCACCUACCCACUGAAUAUGAGCCUUUGGAAACUCAACUGACGCCUGGACUUUAGCACGUAACCCACCUUCACUAACCCACACGUUGACUUCAAGGACCUCUGUACCAGGGGCUGCUGGAAUUCCAAUAACCCAUAUCCAUAACUAUACCUGGAUUCUCCACCAAGCCACUGACCCAAAUUAGGGAGAACCAUCACCAUCACAGACUCACCCUGAACAGUGGCUUUGAGUGGAGUUGGCAACCAUUUUGUUUUCUGAGAAGAGAUAAGACCUGCAGGGUGGGCUCGGCACCAUGAUUGACCUGAGUUACCUGACGGAGGAGGAGCAGGAGAUGAUCCUGUCCGUAUUAAAGAGGGACACAGAUCUGAAGAGGGCUGAGGAACAGCGUGUGAAGAAUCUACAAAAGCAAGAAUGUGACAAGGGCAAGCUGAAGUACCUGACUGGAGAGUGGUUCUAUGAGACAAAGUCAAGGCGUCAUAGAGACAGGAUCCACGGUUCUGACAUCAUCAGAGCAUCCAUAAGUCGGAGGAAACCUGUGACCAUAUUGGAGCUCUCCCAGAUGUGGGCAGAGAGGCCCAGCUUGGUGAACAGUGAGAACCAGGAUGUGUAUGUUCCUCCAGAACUCUCUGGCCUUUUAGAGGAGCCACCGGCACAGCACAAGAACUACCACAGGGACGACAGCUACAAUCUGCCAGAAGUUUUGCAGUCCCCCACAAAGCAGAGACAGAACCCAUUCAACAGCACACCACUUACACCUGAAACUUUGGAGGAAACAGACCGCCAGUUACCCAAUGAAGCAAUGGAGCAAACCAAGACACCUGACGGGGAUCAACUUGAGCAUCGUCAUGCUGAGUCCCUUACCCUUCAGGUGUCCGACCUCCAUUGUGCUGAGCAAGAGACAGGUAAGCCCAUUCUCUUGGGGGCUGCGGCCCAGGGGAUCUCCGCCACCAAGAUAACAGAGGCGGACGGUCAAUCCAUGGCUAAGGUUCGAGACUGGUUCAGCUGGAACCUGGGAAGCAGUGACAAGCCACAGGCACAGCUCCCCCAACAACCCAGUGAUGAACUAGUGACUCCUGUCGACAUCAUCACAGAUGAGAUGCCAAGUGAUGCUGCCUCGAAGAAGCCAUCUAGUCGUGUGUCUCCAAAGCCUCGGAGACGGCUCCUAGGGAUAUUUAGUAGAUGGGAAGCAAGAGAAGAGAAAAUCCCUGCGCCGCAAAGCCCAGUUAAAGAGGAGGUGGUCCUCUGUGAACAGAAAGAGCUUGACGUCAUCACCCUGAACUUCGUCAACUGCCAGUCCACUGUGAAUACUUAUUCUGACCAGCAGCAAGAUCUGCAUAAAUGUGCUACUGACAAACAGUCAGCUAAAAAUGAGAAGACAUCAGAGGUUAGAGAACUAGUGCUUAAAAAAGAAAUAGACCAAACUCAACAGGAGCCACAGAGGAGUGCAUGGGGAGUAGAUACAUUACCAGAUAAACUCUCCAACUUGAAAUCAUUUUGGGAAAGAGAAAUUGGCCCUAAAAUACUGCUCAGUAAACUAAGCACUGAUACAAUGAGGUGUGAAGUACUUGUCAGUGCUGGGGAUACUUGUGACCAAAAAAUGCAUGAUUUUGCCAAGGCUGAGACUGUUGAAGCAUCAUCAUCUUUUCAAAAUAUUCAGCUUGACCUCGUCACUAGUGGCAUGAGAAAGUCCAAUAUCUUUGGAGCAAUAAGCAAUAAUAGUAAUGACUCACAUAUGCUGAUUAACCAUCCCGUCUCCCAAAAGGUGGAAACCUCAGAGCAGUGUAACAUAGACCUCAGUGCUGCUCUAUCAUACGACGAAAAAUCCUCAUCUUCCGUUGAAAGCAACUACAUGUUAAAAACAUCAGGUGACAGUGGUACAUUCAGAGAUAAAUCCAUCCUUAUCUCUGAAGAUAAUUCCAGUUCAUCUGUGGGCUUGACAGUGCCUUCUCAGACAGUCCAGCCAGAUGAGAAGGUGGACAUUCCUUUACAUGUCUCUCCAUCCAGUCCCCGCACAAGCCGGCAGGGGCGUGUCCCAGUGCCCCUUGUUAGACGUUCCCUCAGUCAACAGGAAAGCAGGACGGCCAAGAUUAAUAACCUCAAGUCCUUCUGGGAGAAGGAGAAUAGUGGACCAAGGGUCAUUGUUGGCAAACCAAACGAGGCUUUAGAGAGUCAAACCCAUCCAUUUUCAGAAACAUCUCCAGUCCACCACUCAAUUGCCACUUCUCAGUCUAUUCUAAGAACAAUUGAAACUGACCUAGGGAAGGGUGACUGUGACAAGCAAAGCUCUUCCUUAUACGGGGUUAAGGCCAGCGCCUCCGACUUGUCCAUGACUGAAAGAAUAGAAAAGGGUUUCAUCAAGCCGAGUUCAAACUCAUCACUACCGAGUAGUGACUGUAGUGUUGGUCAUGUUGAUUCUAUAAAUCAGCAAGAUUCAUGUAAGAUGGAAACAGGGCCAACCCUGUAUCAAGAAAGACCCUUAAGUCCUAAAACACCUCUGCCUAGAUCUGAAAUUCCAAAGUGGAAAGACAAAACUGACGAUGAACUGAAGAGAAGUCCUUCAAAGACCUGUCAUCCAAAAGCCCUGCCCAGAGGUUCAUCCAGUGUCCAAGGAGCCAGGUGUGAUAGUUCUCCAUUUAAAUCCUUCUCCAUAGACAUUGCCUCACCCACAAGGGAGCAUCAGGAUGAUCCAGAGAGAGCAACACCAGUAGUUAAACAGAGAAAAGGACUCUCACGUGAAGCAAUGCAGUCAGGAUCAGAGUCCACCAAACAUACCCUAGGAAUCACGUCUACCUCUCCACAGUUUAGUUCUGAAGAGAAGGGGCAGGAUCGCCUGACCUUGCCACGUAGAGGCUCGGCACAGAGCUCACUAACUUCUAUGAUGUCCCCGCUAUCACCUACUAGGUCGCUCCCUUGCCCCGUCAGAAGGACCAGUUUAGGGAACCUAAGUGUACAGGAGGGCAGUCCUCACUGGUCCUCUAGGCCAAAUCAUGGGGACCCGCAUGUAAGAAGAGCCUUUGAAGCUGGCAAGAUUGGUCAACAACCCAUCAAUAGGGAUCCUGGUGAAAGAAAGCUUUCGGGAGCAUCUGAAGUCUCUGAAACAUAUCUCCGCCUUGCAAGGUCUUUCAUUCCCCAGAGCAAUCAGCAUUAUUUGGGGCUCCCUGAGCGGACACACAUCCCUCAGUUUAUCUUAGAUAAAGUGGGGAAUGGCCAUCUGAGUCCCACUGUCCCCACUCCAUUGCUCCUGAGCAUGAGAAGCUGUGAGGGGAGUCCAUCUUGGAUCAGUCCUAGGUCCAUGGAGAAUGUCGACAGUCACUUAUCCAGAGGAAGCAUGCCUGAGAUCUGGUCUCAAUCUCGGGCAAGUUCAAGCUGUCAUGGUGAGAACUCAAGCCCAAUCAGGUUAGAGUUGAAACAAAUGUCUUCAAGACCCUUAUCCAGAAGUCUGGAGGACGUUUUAUCACCACCAAAACGAGAAGAGAGAAGUAUAAUUGACCAAAGAAGUGAAAUGAAUCUAAAUGUGGAUGAUGUCUUUGCAGUGCCUCCCUCCUCCCUCCUUCCUCUCUGUCUCCCUCCUCCCUCUCCCUCCUCCCUUUCAGUCCCGGAGCAGAUGAAGAAUAUGACCAAGUCGGUGUCUGUUUUGCAGGAUGAGAAGGAUGGCAGAGACAGUGACAGCACCUCAGUGAAAAGUCUCAACUUCAGCUGGAAAAAGCGGAUGGGCAGUUCCCUCACUAACCUUAGCCUCUCCUCUGACAUGGCGUCCAUGUCCUCUGUGAGCGGCAGUGUGGCAAGCAUCUACAGUGGAGUAGAUGGGGAUGUGGAAGUAAAGGGAACAAUCCGGUUUGCCAUGAAUUAUGUCCAGAAGCUCGGGGAGUUCCACAUCUUUGUUGUCCACUGCAGAGAUCUUGCCGUGGCAGAACCCAAGAAGAACCGUUCUGAUCCAUAUGUGAAAUGUUACCUCUUACCGGACAAAGCGAAGAUGGGAAAGAGAAAAGCCAGUGUGAAAAAGAAGACCUUGAACCCCACUUACAAUGAGAUCCUUAGGUUUAAAGUUACCAUGGAGACCCUCAAGACUCAAGCACUUAAUGUCUCCGUGUGGCACAACGACAACUUUGGACGGAACAGCUUCCUUGGCGAGGUGGACUUGGAUUUAUCUGAAUGGGACUUUAGCAACACGCAGAUGAAUGAUUAUGCUUUGAAAGCAAGGAUCUCGACACAGUCUCUCAGUCCCUCUCACUCCCAAUCUAUUGACCAUAGAGGAGAGAUGAGAAUAGGAUUGCGUUUCCUGCCACAGAUCUCCUACAGUAAGAGGUCAUCCAAAACAGAGAAGGGUGAGGUGCAGAUUUGGGUGAAAGACUGCAAGAACCUGCCUGCUAUCAAGGGUGCAAUCAUUGACCCCUUCGUGAAAUGCACCGUGCUUCCAGACACGAGCAGGAAAAGCCGACAGAAGACUCGGGUGGUGAAGAAGACGGCCAACCCCAUGUUCAAUCACACCAUGGUCUAUGAUGGCUUUCUGCCGGACGACCUACGAGAGGCCUGCGUUGAAGUCACAGUGUGGGAUCACGACCGGCUCACUAACCAUUUCAUUGGGGGCUUAAGGCUUGGCCUUGGAACAGGUAAAAGUUAUGGGUUAGAGGUGGAUUGGAUGGAUUCAACCUCUGAAGAAGCAAGUUUAUGGGAGAGAAUGAUGCAUUCUCACAAUGAAUGGGUUGAGGAUGUUAUACCGUUGAGAAUGUUGAUAAUGGCAAGAGGUUUAUCAAAAUAAGAUGGUGUGUGAAAAGUUGGAGGAUGAUAAAAUGAGAAGAAAGUUGCUCAUUGGGUGUAUCAGUUUGAUGAAAUUUAUAACCGAUAAUGUAAUCAGUAAUAUAAUCUCUCACUUUUUUAGGAGAAAGACCAUACAGGCACAUUGGAGUAUUGUGCUUGGUGCUUAGAUUCUUCUUAGAAUUACAUUACAAAUGUGUAUUUUAUUUUUUGAAAGAUCAACAUUUGACAUAAUCAUGCUUGUUGUCAUACUGAUCAAAUACCUACUCAGAAAUUGUUAAGAUAUAAAUAGGUUGUUUUAAUUGAUUCAUUCCAAUGCAUAUUUAUCGCUAUUUGUAUAUAUUCCUAUAUAUGUUUUCAGAAUGUUAUUCCAUGGUAAAUUAACUGAAGAAAAUGUUUCCACUAUUGAUACGACAGCAUAUAUAAUCAGAAAUGUGGUGUUAUGUUUUCAUUGUUGUCUUUGUAAAAUAAAAUUUUUCACAUUACUUAA